AGCACAAGUCGCAUCCUCGCGACGCACUUCACACCAUGGCUCCGGAAUUGGUCCACUUGGGUGGCGACUUCCACUGCUACGCCAGUGGAGUGGACGAAGCGCGCUUCAUCUACCGAGAGAUUUUUCAAGAUCGCAGCUACGGAGGCCCUGAUCUCCCAUCAGAACCGCUGAUUGUCGACGUCGGUGCCAACAUCGGACUCUUCUCUCUAUACAUGAAACAACGGCACCCAGGGGCACAGAUCCUAGCUUUCGAACCAGCCCCUGAAACUUUCGAUGUCUUGACUCGCAAUCUCGACCUACAUGGGGCAUCCGGCGUCGCAGCACAUCGUUGUGCGCUUGGAGCGGAUAGGCACACGGCUACGCUAACGUACUAUCCAAACGUCCCGGGCAACUCGACGCUGCGGGCCAUGGACAAGGUGCGCGACCAAGAGAUUCUGCGGGAACACUUUGGAGUCGUUAAGGUGGAAGGCUGGUUUCGAGACCCUGUCGAGGUUGAAGUUCCCGUUCACCGGCUGUCAGACUGCUUGGGUAGGUAUGUGGACAAAGGAGACGCUAUCGACCUACUGAAGAUCGACGUGGAGGGAUCGGAAAUGUCGGUACUUCGGGGGAUAGACGAGGCAGAUUGGUGGCGAGUGCGCCAUGUGCUGGUCGAAGUAACCGGCCUCAACGGCUGUCGAGAACAGGUACAGGAUUUUCUACAUAACAAGGGGUUCACUAUCUCUUAUGCUGCGGCUCGCGAAAUUCCAGAAGGGUUAAAGACAGGCAUGUUGACGGCCGUUCGGAGCCCAUCAAAUGAUGACUCCGGCGUGGACAUUAAGGUCUAACCACGGAACGCCACAUGUGCACGGCGUUCAUCAAGGGCUGCCUCAAGAUCCAUUGAGACAGCGUGGAUGGGCGGAUGCUUAUGACCAUCCAAUGUUCUCUUCCCACAGAUGGUCCAUGUGCCAAGUUAAGAGUCUAGCAAUAGUCCUUAUUGAGGGCCUGGCGCAGGAAAUCUCACAGGGUGUAACACUCUGGAUGGCAAAAUUGUCACGCCAUUGGAAAAGGAUGAUCAAGAGAAGCAGAGCAGAGGUUGGGACACACAUGGCCUUCUCCCUGGUAUCUCUCUUGAGAGUCAUAAUA